CUAGGGGGAGUGUGUGUGUGUGUGUGUGUGUGUGUGUGUGUGUGGCUGAACUCGCACUGAAUGGACUGGGAUUCUCAGCCACGUAAGUAGUUAGUACACCACGGGAGAUGAUGCCUUGCUGAAAUAAGGGAUAGGCCUGGGAAAGUCGGCCAUCCCUUUUUCCUCUACAGCAUCUCAGUCGUCGCUAUAGAUCCUGUACGUUCCGCAAAAGGAAUUAUAUUUUAGCGAAAAUUGCUGCCGUAGAAGGACAUCGAAGAGACACAGAGGGAAAGAUUACACAUAAAGGGGUUUGCGCUCCGGUGUGUGUAGCAGAUGGCGAGCAGAGCUGCAUGGAAAUGAGCAGUGCAACAAGGAGGAGGCCGCUGAAUGGAAACGGAUCCCGUUCUCAGGAAAGCCGACACCACUGACCGGUUAUAGCACGUUAACCGAGCAUUACUUACUUAGCCAGCACUUUGGGCAUUUAACACUGCUCUCUCGAAUUUGGAAAAAAAAAUCAGCAGUACCAUUUUCCUCCAUCUUUGCACUUGUGUGGGGAAAAAAAGGUUUCUGAAUCUAAACCACAAAUUUAUCCAGAAGUCAGAAUCAGAGCUCAGGCGCAAAGAACAGGGUAACUUUUUAUUAUUUUUCGUUGUUGCACCCGGAAUAAUAUAUUGUAUUAUAUUAAUAUUAAUAUUCACAAAGCAAGACCAAUCUUUUAUGAUUGUAGAACUCUUUUUUGCACGCUUGUCAGACCUUGUGCAGCUGCUGACCGACUCGCGCGCUCUGGAUGUGUUUUGCGCGGUGAUGUUCGGGUACAGAGACUGAGAGUCAGAUCAAAGGGGCUUUUUUCUGUGUGUGUGUUUUACAAGUUAGUGUAUCCACAGACCAGAUUUCCCCCUCAGAGCCAGACCUCAAGACUCGCACCUUGCUUUAGGAUAAACCUCAUAUAACACCCAUGAACUUACAGCGCUCAAAUCCCAUUAACAUCGCACGGUAUGGGAGAGCGAGGCACAAAGCGCACGAAUUGGAGGAGCUGUCUUGUCUACAACAGAGGACUCCUGAGCCGAAUCAGAGCUUUAGUCCUAAUCUAGGCUCCCCGAGUCCUCCGGAGAGCCCGGACUCCACUCACCGAGUGUCCUGUAUCGGGAAUUACCUCUUACUGGAGCCGCUGGAGGGAGACCGCGUGUUCCGGGCCGUGCACUUACACAGCGGGGAAGAGCUCGUGUGCAAGGUGUUCGAUAUCAGCAGAUAUCAAGAAUCAUUAGCUGCCUACUUUGUACUGGGUGCUCAUCAGAACAUCAACCAAAUAGUGGAGAUUCUCCUUGGAGACACGCGGGCGUACGUGUUCUUCGAGAGGAGCCAUGGAGACAUGCAUUCGUUUGUCCGUACUUGCAAGAAGUUGCGGGAGGAAGAGGCUGCCAGACUCUUCUAUCAGAUAGUGUCCGCUGUGGCACACUGCCACGACAAUGGCCUGGUUCUCAGAGACCUCAAGCUGAGGAAGUUCGUCUUUAAGAAUGAGGAAAGGAGCCUGGUUAAGUUGGAGAGUUUAGAAGAUACAUACCUCCUGAAAGGAAGUGAUGACUCUCUCUCAGACAAACACGGCUGUCCAGCUUAUGUAAGCCCAGAGAUCCUCAACGCCAGUGGCAGCUACUCGGGCAAAGCGGCAGACGUGUGGAGUAUGGGCGUCAUGCUGUACACCAUCCUUGUUGGCCGCUACCCUUUCCAUGAUGUGGAGCCUGGUUCACUCUUCAGCAAGAUCCGCCGUGGCCACUUCAGCAUCCCUGAGACGCUGACGCCCAAGGCUCGUUGCUUGAUACGCAGCAUCUUGCGUCGGGAGCCAGCCGAACGCCUGACUUCACGUGAAAUCCUGGAGCAUCCCUGGUUCCUGGCAGCCACCGGCCAGGCUGGCACUGCCUAUGCCAGAGGAGACCGUGAAACAGACCAGACGGUGCCAGAGGCCAACAUGGAGGAAGAGUUGGAGCAGUUCCUCAGCUGAGCAGCACAAAAAAACAAACCCAAGACACUUUGCCACGUGUUUUAGAUGACAGAAUGCACUCAUACAGUGGUGUUUAUCUUUAUCUCCCAUUCCAUGGAGAAAACCUGGGAAGGUCUGGCUUGAUGGUGUGGAACACCUUCAGCAAGAGCUUCUGGGCAAAUGCAAAUGUUAAUGUUCAGUAAUGUAGCAAGACUUUUAACUAUCUUUAGGUUGCAUUUUCUUUUCUUUCUUUUUUUUUAAGUGGUGCUCAUGAGGUGUACAAGUCAUAUUAAGCUACAAAAGAAAAAAAAAACAACAAGAUGGCACAGGAGACCUCAGCCAAGGAGAACAACACCAACGUCAAGCAAACUGCAACCACUCCUGUUCUGAUAAAUCAAAGUAGACAACAUUGUCUACACAUAAUAAACUUUAAAAUCAUUUUGUUGGCUUUUGUUGGCUGCAUUUGCAUAUUUAUUCCUUAUGUUUUUUUUUUGUUUUUUUUAAGUAUAUUACUUACACCAUUCUGCUCUUUCAUAGCCUUAUAGGCCAAUACUAUAAAAUGUGGAUGGCUAUCAGUAGAAUUUUAAGUUUGCAAAUUCUCCUCUUCAGGCUUGAUCCCCCUUCCAACUGUGUAUUUGCGUUUCUCUCAUUUGUGUAGUACUGCAUUAACUCAGCUUUUUGUGUUGCAUUAAGCUAUUCCUUCUAAAUUGUUAUUGCUGCUUAUUUCUCCUCUAGCCUGAACUGAACCUCUUUGAGCCUUGAGACCUGAGGGUCUCUUGCUCUGCUCAGGCCAAGUGAAUGGUCCAUUCCAUCUCUGUAGACUAGCAUCUAUUUAAUUUUAAUUUCAUUCUGCUGAAAUGAAAGAGUUUUUAAUUUAAAGUAACAACUACUAUAUUUAAAUAUAUUUGCAGGAUUUUCUUUCUACCUUAGUUUCUGUUUUCCACAAAUAUCGUAGGCAAUACUUUUGACACAGGACAGUUUUUCAUGUUGGCAUUAAAGACUGUCCCAAGGUUUAGAAUAAACCAUCUAACUUAAGUGCCAGUAUUUGUGCCCCACACCACCAAUGCCGAUUACAUCUUUUCUUUUAUGACUUUUGAUUUAGCUUCUAACACGUCGUUAAUGAUGUUACUAGGACUACACUGUCUCCAGUACCUCAUGUUACUUUUCUACUGCCUGCCUAGGUUCUGUGAAAUGAUCAUGUUCUAAAUAGGUACAUGUGGACAUGUUUUGUGGUAUAUCAAUGUUACUUCAAAUUGUGAUCUCUAGUUAAUGGCAUGUACCCUUUUGAAUGCUAUAGCCUAGCAGGAGGGCUGGGGAAGUUGUGUGUGUGUUUUUUGUUUUUUUUUUUUUGUUUUUUUUCCCCUUUCGUUUCAUAAAGUUAUUCCUUGCAAAUUCUAUUUUUAAACUGCUAGGAAUUUAGUUGCCUCUGUAAAAGCAUUAGGUCUCGAAGUCUAUUUUUUUUCCAGGUAGAAUUAAUUGCCCACGUUAGUUGGUGCUGAGUGAAGGAUAUUUUUUCUUUUUUUUUUUUCUUUUCUUUUCUUUUUCUUUUUUUUGGAAGGGGUGGGGGGCAUGCAUGGUGGGAUAUCUGCCUCAGAUGCUCUGAUUGUAAUGUAACUGAUUUUGGUGUUUUGUCCAAAUUUAUUCAGUAAAUAAAAUGUGACCUGCACACUGAAAA